AUGAAUGCGUACGCUCAGUAUGAGAGUCUCUGCAUGAGAGAGUUCCCUAAGUCACUUACGGACAAUGCCUUUACCUGGUAUGAUAAAUUGAAACCUGGAAGUAUCAGCUCGUGGUCCGCCAUGGUACAACUUUUUCAAAAGAAGUUUUACUCCGCACAAAGAAGAGUCAUGGCAAUAGAUUUGGGAAGGUGCACCCAGCGGGUCGGAGAAGAGAUUGGAAAGUAUAUCACUCGCUUCCGAGAUUUCACACUGGAAUGUCAUGAAGACACCCCGGAGGAGCGCUUGGUGGAGAUUUGUAUUCGAGGAAUGGAUGCAAUCUUCCGUCUAAACUUGACGAACUUCAAGUUUCAAACUUUUGUGGAGGUCGAAGAGGCUGCAACCCGGAUAUCAUACUGCGCGGAUGUUAUGAACUCGGGGACAAGCGGACACAAUUUUCAAUUAAAUUCCAUUAACAUUGCAUCCAACAACCAAGGAAGUGACAGAGGAAAGGGAGGAUCUGCUGCUUUUGGCCCUUACCGGGAAGGACAGCCCGGGAGAAGAGGGGGAAAAGCGGAUGGAGGAAGAUCAAACCCGCUGCCACCAUUGUCGUGCAGCAGGGAGAAGAAAAAAGGACUUCGAGAAAAAUGGGUGGCCAAAAAAGAAGAAAAUUUGUCGCCCGUGGCUACAGAACCUACCGCGACAGAUAAGAUGCACGAACGAUACUGUCACUAUCACAGGAGGGUCAAUCAUCCGACUGUGGAGUGUUUCUCUUUACGCUACAUAGUGCAGAGAAGACGAGCCAGAGGCGAGCUAGAGAUAGGAGAACAAAACAUCCAAAAGGAUCUGCUCCCUCAGCACCAAGUUAUGAUGAUCUCCCAUGAACUCGCAAAAGGAGAAACCUUGAGACCAUGGGAAGACGCGGAAUAG